AUGAAUAGCGAGUACGAUUACCUUUUCAAACUGCUGUUGAUCGGGAAUUCCGGUGUCGGAAAGUCCUGUUUACUUUUGAGGUUUUCGGACGACACGUAUACCAACGACUACAUUUCCACAAUCGGGGUGGACUUUAAGAUCAAGACAGUGGAGCUGGACGGUAAGACCGUAAAGCUGCAGAUUUGGGACACCGCAGGCCAGGAACGGUUCCGUACUAUCACGUCGUCGUACUACCGUGGUUCGCACGGGAUCAUUAUUGUGUAUGAUGUCACUGACCAGGAAUCCUUCAACGGUGUGAAGAUGUGGCUGCAAGAGAUUGACAGGUACGCAACCUCGACAGUGUUGAAGCUGUUGGUGGGUAACAAAUGUGAUCUAAAGGACAAGCGCGUCGUGGAAUAUGACGUGGCAAAGGAAUUUGCGGACGCAAAUAAGAUGCCAUUCUUGGAGACUAGUGCUUUGGACUCUACCAACGUCGAAGAUGCGUUUUUGACCAUGGCUAGACAAAUCAAGGAAAGCAUGUCCCAACAGAAUCUGAACGAAACCACCCAAAAGAAAGAAGACAAAGGCAACGUCAACCUGAAGGGACAGAGUUUAACCAACACCGGUGGCGGCUGCUGUUGA